ACUGUACACUUAACUCACUGAAUUUCGUUUUCUUCUAUUUGGUCUGUGAUUUCGGUGUUACAGUAAUUAAGUAAAAACUGUGUUUACCUUUACACUUAAAAGUGUGGUCGACUGAGCGAGUGCCGAGUUCAUUAAUCGAAUGUGUAAUGUGUAUUACAUGUGUAUUCUAUAUUAUAUACUACGACUACUGAAAACUGAAAAAUAUCAAUUUUGUUAAAGAACUUGUGUAAUUGUAAUUACCUCAACCAAUUAAGUGCAAACAAUCGAUUAGUCUUAAUAUUAUACUGUGGUGAUUAAAUAUCACAAAAAAUAAUUAAUGAAAAGAGGGUUUUCUUAAUAGGUAUUGAAUUUAUAACUUCACCUACUCUUGCAUGUAAUGGGAGAUAGAGAUUGGAGACCGUUUAUUUACGGCGGCUUAGCGUCGAUUGUUGCAGAGUUUGGCACAUUUCCUAUUGACACAACCAAGACUCGGCUACAGAUCCAAGGGCAAAAGAUAGACCCUCGACAUGUUGAGUUGCGAUACACAGGAAUGGUGGAUUGUUUUGUCAAAACUUCAAAACAAGAGGGUGUUAAAGCACUUUACUGUGGUAUCUGGCCAGCAGUGCUUAGACAAGCAACAUAUGGUACUAUUAAGUUUGGGACAUACUAUUCAAUGAAGAAGGCAUUUGCUGCCAGGCGGGCUGACGGUGGUACUCGAGAACACUUAGCAACUAACACAUUUUGUGCUGCAUUUGCAGGAGGACUGUCUAGUGCAAUAGCAAAUCCUACUGAUGUCCUUAAAGUUAGGAUGCAGGUUGGUGAUGAGAAACGCAAUAUAGUGCGUUGCUUCGUCGAUAUAUAUAGGAUAGAAGGGGUGGCAGGACUAUGGAGGGGCGUAGCACCCACUUCGCAACGAGCAGCAUUAAUUGCAGCCGUGGAGUUACCUGUGUAUGAUGCCUGUAAGCGUCGGCUUACUGCUCCAUUAGGGGACCGACCUAUUAAUCAUUUUGUGUCUAGUCUGCUCGCUAGUCUUGGUAGCGCUGUAGCCAGUACACCACUUGACGUUGUUAGGACGCGGCUUAUGAACCAAAGAAAAGUGAGGGAUCCAAGUAUACACAUAUACAAAGGGACCGUUGACUGCUUUGUACAGACAGUACGCAGUGAAGGUGGGCGUGCGCUUUACAAAGGCUUCAUACCAACGUGGCUACGUAUGGGGCCGUGGAAUAUUAUCUUCUUCCUCACCUAUGAGCAGCUUAAGGCAUUCUACUAAACAUAAAAUCUCCACGGAAUUAGUUCAAUUUCUAAUUUAAGUAUAAUUUGUUUACUAUUUGUGAAUCUGUUAAUUAGCUAUAUAUUAUAAUAUGUAUUCGAAUAUACUAAAGUCAAUUUAAAAUACCUACACAAAGUGUAAUUAACUAAAAUUAUGAGGUUUGGACAUAAAAUUUUAACAAUUUAUCAGCGUUUAUUUAGUAUUUAAUAAUUCAUCAAUUUUAUAGGCUGGCAACGCAACUGGAACACCUUCUGGCAUAGCCUGCCCGUUUAUACCCAGUUAUAAAAAAAUCACAUGAAUUUGAAAUAGUUAAUUUAUAUACAAACAUUACAAAUAGUGAAAAAGUGUUGUUUUUAAUAUUCAGCGUAGUAAUUGACUUUGGUAUACACGAAACUAUAGAUUAGAUGCAAACAUAUCAUUUUAUGAGGCACAUAGUGCAGUACUUCCUAUAAUUUUAAGUUCACAUGGUUUCUCCUUGACGCGCUCAAAUUUAUUUUCAAAACUUAGAUUUUGGGGAUUUAGGACUUCCAUAAAAAGUACACUCAAAGUAUUUUACUCAUAAUUUUUUAAAAUAUUUUUUGUUGGUUUAAAUAACAAAUACAUUUAAAUAAAACUUUAUUUCUAUUAUACAGCUUGUAAAUAUAAUUAUUUAUGUGCAACAAGGUGCAAGAAUACAUAAAUAAAAUAUGAUUAUCUUCGCAUAUUCUGCCACACAAUGGCGUGAAAAACAUUAAAGAACAUUACGUUAACACAAUUAUGUAAUAAUUUGUUUCGUAGAUCACGCCCAUCAGGAAAUACUGGUUCAAACUGAAUUGAUUUAUAAUGGUUAUUAAUACAGAUGUAGAGUAUUCUAUGGGUAUGUAUAGCUGUGGACUAUGGGUAUAUAGACUAAAGAUUCAGACACGUCAAAAUUAACUCUUGACAUAAUAUUAUAGUCAUAGUCUGUGCUAAGUCUCAUUAACGCCCAAACCCAAUAACCUAUCUCUAUUUAAGACCAUCAGAGAUAUACAUCUUAAUCCAAAUAUUGAUAAAAGUGUGGCAAUAACCAAUCAUAGGAUUGUAAUGGCCAUCUGUCGAUACAAGCUUACCAUGGUAGGUCGGAUCGGUGGAUGUGGAUAGACCUUUGUAUGAAAAUGACAGUUCAACUGUGUCAAUAGCCUAUCGUAAGAUUUUACCUUACACCAGUUUUUAAACAAUUAAAACACUAUUUGAUAUGUUUAAAACAUGUAUAUUUUAAUAUUAUUUGUACGGUUUGUACUUUAUAUUGACUAUAGUAUAUGACUUGUAAAGAGCGAAAAGAUUGCAUUCUAUCCGUCGCCAAAAAUGGUUUGUCUUCGUAGGGUUUGGUUAUUGGGGUGCAGAUAGAAGAUCGAUCGACUAUCACGGUCUGACCUUAGCUUGUUUUUCAUCUGAGAUUGUGGAUUAAUUAUUGGGUUCGGGCGUAAGACACAUUGGCUACAUACAAAGCAUUUAAAUUAUUAUUUCAGCGAAGCGCGUCAUCGUACAUAUUAUUAUUUACCUAUAGGUUAUGUUUUAUUGCCGAUGGAUUAAAAAGAAGCCUCCUAGGAUAGACUAGUAGACAUAUUUCGUAGAUAAUUAUGCAAAUAUACGGGAAUACGCUGCAGUGAUAACUCUUAUACAUAAUACAUAAAUUUGUAUUUGUGCAAUGCAAUAUUUUGUUGGUAUUGUAUUGGAUUAUAUGCGAUUCUCUUGUAUUUUGUAAUUAACUAAAUCAUGCUUUUUAUGUUGCAUUUUUUGAGUUUUUAUAUAUUCGUAAUAUUUUUAUUACAGGAUUGUUUUCCGGGUUCCAUAUUUAACCUGUCGUACUUGUUGUUUAUUACUAACUACUGAUAUAGAACCCGGCUUUAUCAAUAUAUCUAAAAACUAAUAUUUUGAGAUUAUACUGUAUAUUUUAUACUACAAAAAAUAGUAAUCUCAUAUUUCAGGUUAAAUUAUAACGUUUAUAUUGUAUUUAAGAAUUUUGGUAAGGGUUUUCCUUUCAUUAAUUAUUGAGUUUGCCAGAGGCCAUAGCUUUUAUACAGUUUAUUGCUCUUGUAGUAACAAAUAUAAAUUGUAUACAUUUUUAACGACAAGAGUAUUGUCUAAUCUUUUCAAAUGGCAUUUAAGAAGUAUUUCAGUCCUAUAGGCGUGUGGCUGAUAUUUUUUACUUUAAUUCGUUCGAUUCUUGUUCGAUAUUCUAAAACGUAGCAGUUAAAUGUUUAAAAAACAUUGAAUUAUUUGCCCAAAUAUUUUGUUGCUGGCUUUGUUUAUCUAUAUUUCACUCAGCCAAACGGAUUGUAACUAGCUUUUCUGAAAAGUUUUAGAACGGUUUAUUCGCUGACGUAUUAACGUCUCAAAAGAGUAUUUAAUAUAUCUUUCAAACUAUUACUGUCAAUGAAAAGUGAUAGAAAAUUAUGCCGAUAUAAAAAAAUCAUUGAAACGGUUGCUAAUUCUGCGGUAUAUAAGUUUAAUUAAUAACAUACCUAUGUAUCGAUAUGAUGUAUCUAUAGAUUUCUAAUUAUAAAUACUGUAUAUUAUACCACUAUGAAUAUUCUAAGAAUACUAUUUAAAUGUGGCACAAAUGUAAAAAUUGAGCUUGUAAGCUUGUGUGAAUAAUAUUUAGUCGCUGCUGUGUCAAACACACGUACUAGUAGGUACAAAUUGUUAGCCAAAUGUUAUAGAAAUAAAUGGAUUUUUAAUUUAA